UUGUGGUAAAAGAAGCGGUUAUUGGAAAGAAAGUAUUGCGUCACGAGAAACCAUUUCGCCUAGAUUGAGGCCUCCACUAUCAAUCUUAUCAAAACCGUAAUGAAAUCGAGAAUCUAAACGCAUACUUAAUGGAAUCGCCCUUGUUGGACAAUUAGCCGCCGAUGAGUCAUCAAAGUUGAUGUAAAUCGCAUUUAGAAAUGACCGAAUAGUUUUGUAGAAAAAGAACAGCAAGCGCCGCUGAGUUGUCCCACUCUUUUUCUGCGCGCAUACGUGGCCGACCGAAAACAACAUUUAUAGAAACUUGGAGGAGGCCGGCUUCAAAUCCACAGAUCAGUUUUGUCAGUGAAGUGAUUCGUUUCGAAUAAAAAGGGAUUUUUAUUAAAUUGAUCAACAUGGCUGUUGAACUCACCACCGAAGACAAACUAGAAUACAACUUCUUCCCGAACCGUUCGGGAUACUUCCAGUUCCGCGUCAAGGCCGCCAACGAUGCCCACAUCGCCUUGUCCACCGCCGCCGCCGAGGUCGACCCCAUGUACGAGAUCUUCAUCGGCGGUUGGGGCAACUCCCGCUCCAUCAUCCGCAAGAACCGCACCAAACCCGACGUAGCCGAAGCCUCCACCCCCGGCAUUCUCAACGACAACGAGUACAGAGGAUUCUGGAUCCGCUUCGGCAACGGCAGCGUUGCCGCUGGACGCGAAGGUGAAGGUCAACCUUUCGUCGAAUGGAGGGACAGCGAAAAUGUGAUCGUCGAGUACGUGGGAGUUUGCACCGGAUGGGGAGCGAGCGGCAACUGGAUCAUCGAGCAGGCCGGGUCCUCCCCCAGCGCGCCGCCCGCCAUGGGCGGCAGAGGCGGUUUCUCCUCCGUGUGCUGGGUGCCGGCCAGCAACGGGCAGGUGCCCCCCAGCAGCUUCGCCGGCGGCGAGGACAACGGCGAGCAGGUCUACAUCGUCAGAUCGAACUUCGGCGGCGGCGUGAUCCCCGGGAAGCUCGUGCCCAGCCACAACGUCGCCUACGUGCCGUGGGGCGGCACCGAGAACGCCGUUCCCGAGUACGAAGUUUUGUGCGACUUCAACGGGUCCUGGUUGGCCUGCAACGGCGCCAACAUCCCGGCCAACGCUGUACCAGCCGGCCAAUCGGAGGACGGAGAGCCUCUGUACGUCGGAAGAGUGGUCCAUGACGGCAACUUGACCGUUGGAAAGGUACAACCCAGCCAUGGGUGCGUGUACAUCCCGUACGGCGGUCAGGAACUUGGGUUCCCGGACUACGAGAUCUUGGUACAAUAGACUGUCGAGUAAAGUAUGUUUGCUUCACCUGCUGCCUAUAGGAUGUUCGUCCAGAAUUUAUGCAACUCGCAUGCACUUGUAUUUACUGACAGUAGAACGUUAUUUUUAUAAAUAUUUAUCAAGAUUAUUUAUUUACAUUGUUUUUUAUCUCUUAGAGCACACUGUUAGUUUUAUAGACAAAAAAUGAAUCUCUUUUAAUUUAGGUAAAACAACGUUAUGUUUCUUUUUAUUUUAUGAUAAACACUCUACACUGGUUUGUACGUGUUUUAGUUUAAAAAUCAUUUAUAAUAAAUUAUUUAUCAAAAACACA